AUGGCGGUACCGAGCUGUGCGAUGCACGUGCGCGAUGACAAUGCGCGCAACAGGCGGCUACGUGCCCACUCGCGCAGUUUGACACUCGAGAAGGGCCGCGAUGCUUUAUUAAAGGAAGAACAAUACACGCGGAAUAUUUCUCCGCCGGGCGGCGCGCCGGCCUUCGCGCCGCGCCAGCACGCGCUGGUGCUGGCGCGCGCGGGCGACACGGCCGAGCUGCGCUGCCGCGUGCUGCGCCUCGCCGAGCGACAAGUGUCGUGGGUGCGCUCCAGCGACCUGCAGAUCCUCACGCACGCCGGCGCCGUGUUCACGGCCGACGCGCGCGUGUCGUGCUCCGAGGCGCCGGACGCGGGCGACGCGGACGACGCGGACGACUGGGCGCCGCGCGUCACGUCGCGCGACGGCGGCGCGGCGGGCGCGGUGCACACGCUGCGCAUCGCGCGGCUGCGUCCCGGCGACGCGGGCCGCUACGAGUGCCAGAUCAACACGGAGCCCAAGAUGAGCUUGUUCUUCAACCUCACCGUUGUAGAGUCGUCGUUGCCGGCGGUGGCGGUGCGCGCGCUGGGCGGCGCGCGGCGCGGCGCGGCGGGCGGCGCGGCGCAGCUGGCGUGCGAGGCGCGCUACGAGCCCGCGCCGCCCGCGCUGCUGGCCGCGCUGCCCGCGCUGCACGUGAGCUGGGCGCGCGACGGCCUCGCGCUCGACCCGCAGAGCCCGCGCGGCGGCGUCAGCCUGGACACGGAGCGCUGGGCGGGGCGCGUGCGCUCGCGCCUCACGCUGGCGCGCCUGCGCGGCGCCGACGCGGGCCGCUACACCUGCCGCGCCGGCGCCGCUUCGGCCGAGCUGCGCCUGCGCGUGGGCGACGGCGACGCGGUAUUGCCAUACUCGAUAGCGACCCCUCGACUGCGGGCGAGCCAAUCUUGUGCUCCGGCUAGAGCCUGUAUCGACGCCGACGAGAUAUUUCAGCUAAGAGAAGCUAGUAGGAUUAUUUUGCGACGCGAUAGGGGGAGACUACGUCCAAGGCGUGGCGGCGCUCACACGACGCGUGUUGCAGAGGGCGAGCUGGAGGCCAUGCAGCGCGACGAGGCGGCGGCGCGCGUCGGUGCGGCCGUGCCGCUGCGCGCCACCUCACUGCUGCUGCCGCUGCUGCUGCUGCCGCUGCUGCUCACGUGACGCGCGCCGCCGGGACGGGAGCCCCAACGCGAGAACACGAGUGUGCCUAUCGAGAACACGAGUGUGACCAUCUAGAACACGACUGUGACCACCGAGAACAUGAGUGUGACCAUCUAGAACACAAGUGUGCCUUCUGUGGCAACGAGUGUCAUUAAAGAGAAAAUGAGUGUGUAUUCCUGUAAAAACGAGUGUGACCACCGAGAACACAAGUGUGACAAUGCUGUGUAUACGCAAACUGACUUAUUUUGAUUUGUAAAUAUUGUGAAUAGCUAUUUAUUACGCUGAUUGCACAUUACUCAGCGCCGAGUGAUUAUGAGGUCGCGUCGCAUCGUUCCCAAUGCUAAGUACAUGGCCUCCGCGGCAGGUUUUGCGCAUGUGUAAUAUGCAAUCAUCAUGACGUGUAAAUAAAUAUGGACAGUGCCAUGA